AUGGUCGCGAAAAGCGAUGGGGAUACAUUCUCAAACAAUGGUACUGACAUCUCCCUUGACUUUGCGUGGGUCAACACGGCCGGUGUUGGCGCAUCAACCGUGGUCGACACGCUCAUUGCCGUCACUCUGAUGUAUUCUCUUCACAAAACUCGCACUGGGAUCAAGCACACAAACCUGUUGACCGAGUACGUACCAAAACUCCAAACAAGUGCAUUUUCGUGGAACGAUACUCACCCAUAUCCUGAAAGCAUAACAAAUAUUCUCGGCUUCAUAUUUUCUCUUCUCAUGCCCAACAACCUGAUAUACGUGGGUGUAAACAUUGUUGGCACACGCUUGUACGCGAACUCUAUGAUGGCGGCUCUCAAUUCUUGCCAGUCGCUUGUCGAACGCUCCAAAGACGGCGCUUCACAGAGUUCUCCGGGAUUUAUUCCCAUGUCCACGUUUGCAGAAGCCUCUCGGCGCGGGCAGUCAGAUCCAUUGAUGUGUGUUCCUAUCGACAUGACGACGUUCUUGUAUGUGCAGAAUGCUCUCAGUCGCAUCGACGUUCUGGUCACGAAGGAGCCAUUUGGAUCAGACGUCAAGACUCAAGACGGCAGUUUCGAGCCUUGA